AUGGCCCGUGGUGGGGUGCGAGACGUGCCGGGAAAGCGCCGACGUGUGGCGAGGAUAGGAUACCUUGGCUCCCGAGCCACCAAGCAGAGCCAAGAGGAUGAAGUGGAUGCCAAUACCAGCAGCUGGGUGACUGAGGCUGUAGCCCAUGCACGUGCACUGUUGGGCGACAGGACACCUCCACAAGGAGUGCCUGAGGCUGCCGCGCUGUUGACCUCGAUUCUACUGUGCCUGCCUGAGCUAUGGGAGGAAUUGGCUCAGGAUACUCUGCUGGCCUUUGGCAACGUGAUAGCAGGGGGAGAUGCUUCUGGUUGUGCCAGGAGCCGCGCUGGAGGUCCAGCCUUUGUGGCUGGAAAACAAGACCUCUCAGCCAGAACCAGGCGGUUACUGCUCUCCAGUGUAGCUUCAGUGGUUUGCAAGGUGAACGAUGGUUUUCACGGUUCGGGAUCAUCCUCGUCAGCGAAGUCUGUCUCGUUGCUUUGCUUGCUGGGGGAGGCGCAAGCCGACGAGGGUCUCUUCAUGGCUGCCUUCCGGACGCUUCAACGAGCGCAGGCCAUGGCACGUCAAAGCAAUCACAGCAGCGACCGUGCGGAAGCUGCGUUGCAGGGCUUGAGGGCGGCGGCCCUUCAGCGUUGGCAUUUUCAGAUGAUCAACGACGUGCCACGCGCUGAAGCAUAUGACCGUGCCAUCCAAGCUGCAGUCUCGACGCUCUCUCAAAGGCCAGAGGUCAGGAGCAUCAUGGACCAAACUGAGAAGAUCCGCUCUCUGAGCAUCAUCGCCCACGUGGAUCAUGGCAAGACCACCCUGGCGGAUUCCUUGGUCUCUCGCGCCGGCAUCAUCUCCACGAAAGCGGCUGGGGACACCAAGUUCACCCACGGGCGCAAGGAUGAGCAGGAACGUGGCGUCACCAUCAAGAGUACCGGUGUGACCCUGUGCCUGGAGCACGACCAGGGAGAUGGCCAUGGACAGCAGCCCUACCUGGUGAAUCUCAUCGAUUCCCCUGGCCACGUGGAUUUCUCCUCCGAGGUGACGGCCGCCUUGCGCAUCACCGACGGCGCCAUCGUGGUGGUGGACUGCAUCGAGGGCUGCGCCGUGCAGACGGAGACGGUGCUGCGGCAAGCCUUGCAGGAACGGGUGAAGCCAUGCCUCUUCGUCAACAAAGUGGACCGCUGUAUCCUUGAGAUGCAAAUGGAGGCUGAAGACAUGUACCUGCGCUUCCGAAAUGCCAUUGAGAACGUGAAUGUAAUUAUAGCUACCUACAACGACUCCUCCAUGGGUGACCUCCAGGUACGCCCAGAGCUGGGCAAUGUGGCCUUCGGCAGCGGUCUUCAUGGCUGGGGCUUCAGCAUCGAGACCUUUGCCAAGAUCUUGUCUGCAAAGAGUGGCAUGGAAAAGUCCAAAAUGAUGGAAAAGCUGUGGGGCGAUUGGUUCUACAAUCCGAAGAAGAAGGUCUGGACGAAUGUGCAGCAACCCGAGGAUUGCGAAGAACCUUUGCAGAGAGGCUUCUGUCAGUACGUCAUGAACCCGAUCAAUCAGCUGAUCCGUGCCAUCAUGGACAAGGACUCUGAGAAGUAUGAGAAGAUGAUGGCACGCGUGGGCAUCGUCCUGAAAGGUGAAGACAAGAACCUCACAGGCAAAGCCCUCAUGAAACAUGUCAUGCAGAACUGGAUCAACGCCGGAGAAUCCUUGGUCGCCAUGGUGGUGAUGAAGUUGCCACCGCCAAAGUUGGCACAGCGCUACAGGGUGGAGAACCUCUAUGACGGUCCUAUGGAUGAUGAAGCAGCCAUGGGCAUCAGAAAUUGUGACCCAAGUGGCCCAUUGAUGAUGUAUGUGUCGAAGAUGGUGCCAGCUGCAGACAAGAGCCGCUUCUAUGCCUUCGGCCGCGUCUUCUCAGGCACGGUGGCCACUGGUCAAAAGGUGCGCAUCCAAGGGCCCCACUAUCGCCCGGGCAGUCGAGACGACCUGCACGUGCGCGCCAUCCAGCGCACCGUGCUGAUGAUGGGACGCGGCACCGAACUCAUCCAGGACGUCCCAUGCGGCAACACUGUGGCCUUGGUGGGUGUGGACCAAUACAUCCUGAAGUCUGGUACCAUCACCACUUUGGAAGAUGCCCACAACUUCACUGACAUGAAGUACAGUGUGUCGCCUGUGGUGAAGGUGGCAGUGAAGCCCAAGGAUGGUAAGGACCUCCCCAAAUUGGUGGAAGGCUUGAAGCGGCUCUCGAAAUCCGACCAGUUGGUGGUUUGCAGCACCGAAGAGAGCGGCGAGCACGUCAUUGCGGGCUGCGGGGAAUUGCACGUGGAGAUCUGCUUGAAAGACCUGAGGGAGGAAUUCGCCCAAUGCGACUUCACGGUGUCAGAUCCUGUGGUCUCCUACCGCGAGACCGUCACCGAGGAAUCCAACCAGACUUGUCUGGCGAAGUCGGCAAACAAGCACAACCGUCUCUACUUGAAGGCUGAACCGCUGGAUGGAGAGCUGGUUCAGGCCAUUGAGCAAGGACAAGUGGGUCCUAAGGCUGACUGCAAAGAAGCCGCCAAACUUCUGACCAGCAAAUUUGGAUGGGACAAACAGGUGGCUCAAAGCAAGAUCUGGUGCUUUGGUCCAGAAUGCGACGGUGCCAACAUGGUGGUGGAUACCACCAUUGGUGCACAGUACUUGGCAGACAUCAAGGAUUCGGUGACCAGCGCCUUCCAAUGGGCCACCAAGGAAGGUCCACUCUGCGAGGAGAACAUGCGCGGUAUCCGCUUCAAUCUGACUGAAGUGAUGCUGCAUCCAGACAAGGUCCAUCGAGGAGGUGGUCAGAUCAUGCCGGCGACCCGUCGCGCCUGCUUCGCAUCCGAGCUCACGGCCAAGCCAACGUUGCAAGAGCCGGUCUUCCUGGUGGAGAUCUCCUGUCCGAAGGAUUCCCUCAGUGGCAUCUACAACUGCUUGAACCUCCGCAGAGGCUGCGUCUUUGAGGAGAACCAACGUGAAGGUACACCACUGGUGCAGGUGAAGGCGCACCUGCCGGUCUCCGAGUCCUUCGGCUUCGUAGGCUCGCUGCGACAGGCCACCAGCGGACAGGCCUUCCCGCAGUGCGUCUUCGAUCACUGGGAGAGUCUGCCUGGCAACUGCCUCGAGAAGGGAAGCAAGAUGGAAGAGUUGGUGCUCAGCAUCCGCAAGCGCAAGAACUUGAAGCUUCAGAUGCCACUACUCGCUGAUUACCUUGACAAGCUCUAA